AUGUUCUUGUCUCGGUGUUUUUUGUUAUAUGCACUAUUUAAUUCGGUGGUUCAUCCCAACAUUGUGAGGUGCAAAGAUGGAGAUACAUUUGUUCUUCCUCUUCUUUUUCUCUUCCUUGGUUGCUAUACGUACUGUGUUUUUUUGUUAUUAUUAUCGUGUCGGGACACUUUGCACCUCAAAAAGGGAAGGUGCGGGAGAAGCACAUUUCGUGUUGCGCAGAUGAUAGACACAAAGCAGUUGUGCUCCAAACUCGAUGGUGUGCUUCAUCGAUUCACCACCCAUGGGAAAGGUGAGGACCUCGCCAAUUGUGAGGAUAUGCUAUCAGAUAUUAAAAUCGCCACAAGUGCGGUUGAGGGGGCAGCCGCAAAUCAAAGCAGUGAUUCUCCGCUCCCAGUGAAGGUGCUGGAAGAACUGCGACUUCUCGGAAGCGCAUGUUGGAACGUCACAAUGCGGUGCACGGACCACAGUAGAGAGCAUGAGCGAAGACUGAAGGUAGCGUUGCGUGAGUUUGCGACUAGGUCGUUCCUUCUUGGUAAUUUUGUGUACUCGGAGGAGAGUGUUCGACACAGUUACUUUACUCACCAUCCAAGGGAAGCAGAGCAAUGCAUACUAAUGUGUCUGAAGACGUCGCGUGACCUCUCUCUGAAUCAUAUGCCAGAGGGUUCUAAGGCACUUCUUGCCGCUGUUGAAACCAUCGUUCCCCACAUACCACCCGGAGUAGUACAACGGUUGCCACACCUCAAACACCGUAAUUUGAGUUGGGAAUUUGAAUACACAAAGAUGGAGGUGAUGUGGAACCUCGGGCACCUGUUUGAGUCGUCACAGUCAUGUGAAAGGCUUGCGCAAAUGCUGUUGCGAGACAACACGCUUCACCGCACUUUGCUCGAGACAUUCUUCCACUUCGUUUUCACGGUAGGCAGUGCUGAGGUGGAGCCUCCAAAUGAGUGUUUCAUACGCGACAUGCUUAUGUCUUCGAUUAACGUUCAAAAUUACCUCAAAGAGAAUGGAGGAAGUGACGCACCCUGCCGCCUGCCAAUGCUUCGUGGGGCAACGCUAGAGCAGAUGGCGUUAUCGUGGCUCCGGGAAGGGAACGCGUCAGAAGCGGUUCGUUGGGCGGUGGAGGCAGACUCCGCACUGCAAUCCAAUACAUCCGCUUUAUUGCGUCUAAAAGCUACCGCAGCAGCAGGUAUGGAAAAGGAGGCGUCUGUUCAACUCCGCGAAUAUGUCCAGAGACUCGACGUCACCGUCGAUGACGCGGUGGCUGUCUGUUUUGACUUUCAGAAGCUGUUCACAACAAUGGAAAGCGGUUCAGUCGAAAGCAUGCAGUUACUACAGAACAGGACCAAGGGCACUUCGGCUGCCGAGGGUGUCACGUUUCGACUUGUUCAGCUCCUCCUUCACAGUAAAGAUACCGAGUCUUGUCGUUCCGCCCUGCAAAUAAUGCGAAAUGAGUGUUUGGACUUCGAGGAUCCGAAAUAUCGACGCUAUUGCUUUAAAUGGCUCUGGGAACUUAGCGACAACGCAGAAUUUAGCCACGGAGAGGCAGUGGAAAGUCUUGAGGCAGCGAUCCGCCUUGCAGAUUGUGCAAGCGACUCUGAGAUCAAUGCUCUGCAGCUUCACCUAUGCACAAAAUAUGUGGAGUCUGUGGAGCAAGGACAGCAAGUGAACAUGCUGGCAAAACCAAAGGACAUUCUGCUUAGGUACACAGAGCGAAAACCACGUUGUGUCUUCGCCCACGCGUUGUUAUUCAAAAUAUUUGUGAUGGAAGGAAGCGAGACAUGCAUGAAAGAGGAAAUACACCAACUGGUGGCAUGUGAACCCUCGGAGUUGGUAAUCCCAGCCUUGUGCACUGCUAUCAACUGCUGCCUAAAGCGGAACUGCCUCAACGUUGCCUCGUUGGCCGCCUUGCAAGCUCUCCUCUCGCCAGUACCCUUCGCAGAUGUCAGGACAGAACUUGAGGUUCUACGGGUGUAUGUCACCACGGCUAUCAAUAGAAGUUGCGCGCACUCUGAUGACGACUUGUACAAACUCACGCAGCGGAUUCAAAACAUUCUCUCGGAGGGCUCUGCCACGCUGAAACUAACACAUGACGAAGUAAUGUGGUGGACGCAAGCUUUCCUUUUACUAGGUUCAGAGUUCACACUCGAAGCUAGCGCCACAAGUAUUGCCUUAUUUCGAGCAGCCGCUUGCAUUGCAGAGCAAGAUCCGUCGCCUAGGGAAGCGGGCACACAGUCACCGUUGUUGGCUGCCAUCUUGUGCAUGUUGGAGGACGAGUUUCGGUUGUUUUCAACAGGUAAUCCACUGAUUGACUUGGCGGAUCUUGAGAAACACCUUAACGCGUGUAGGGAUCUUAUCUCAACAACUUAUACCGCGGAAUGUCGUGUGACAUUUUUGCUGAGUAAGUCUGAGUGGCAUUUGCGUGGCCCAUCGAUCGAAACACCGCAGGAAAUGGAUGAGAUAGUGAGGGAGCUUUCCACUAUCCCUGUGCCGUAUAAUGUUUACGAGGCGCUGGCAGAGGCCGCCACGUUCGAGGCAUCCCGUGUCACAACAGAAUGUUCCUAUUUACGAGAAUUCGCCAUGGGGCUGUUUGCGAAAGCCUCGCUCGACUUAAUGGAAAGAGUUGCGGCUUCCACUGAGGUUCGGGCAGGUGAAGAGGAAGCGGUUGCUGAAACCCUUACAAAGAACCUCUCUUGCCUGUACAAAGCCUUCACUUUGGGAUCCGACAGAAAAGAGCAAAUGUGCGUAGUGCAGCACCUCAUGAGUUUCCUUUCUCUUCCCGUGAUGGGUAUUACCGUCGGCACCUUUCUUGGGCGCUACGGUGCGGUUGGGGAAAGGGGCGUAACCGCCAAUAACUCCUCCGCUUUCGCCCUACUCCUUUUGGAAUAUUUUACGGUCGAGGCGUGGAACAAUUCCGUCUUCUAUCUUCACAUCAACAAUACAGAAAAGCAGGGUGAGUGGGCGCGUGCUGCCUGGGCUCUGGUUGACAUUCUCCCUCCAACACACCGUGUUGUCUCUGCCCUACAUGCGCUGAGAGGGAUCACAGGCUGCUGA